AUGUCGUUCAGUAGCUUCUACUCCGUCGUGAAUGCGAUCAAGGACAAGUCGGCCGAGGCCAUGACGACCUUGAGCUCUGACCUGCAAGAGUUCAAGUCGAUCGUCCAGGAAGACGUGGCGGAGCUGUCGAAACAAAUGCGACCAAACAGGCACGAGGACCGGUCAAGUGAAGAGCACAGCGAGUCCGAGGACCAUAGUGAAACCAAGAUAAACGACCAAGACAAGGACGAGCAAAAACAAGAAGAAGAAGAAGAAAAAGACGAAGAGGGUGGCGGUGGUGGUACACAAAGUGGUACAAUCGAGCAGGACGUGGACCCGAGAACGUCGCUGAAAAGUUCGUUUUUUUCUUUUCGGCCACUGAAUGCAGUGGGCAGCUCGGUGCAGGAUUCACUUAAUUCAGUACAAGGCUCCCUUACGUUAGUAAGCAGUAAAUUGACCUCUUUGACGGUUGGUGGUAGCUUGGAAUCGCUCGAGGCGAUGGGAUCGAAGCUACUGAACUCGGCCGAUGAGUUUCUCGGCUCUUUGGCUGGAGAAGCGCCGUACGAAGACGAGCAAGAACUGGGUGCGAGUGCGUUGGCAGCCCGAAGAUUCCGCCUGCUGGCACUUCAAGAAGAUGAGAAGACGUACAUGGAGUCACCGCUGGAUGUUGAAGCUUUUGAAAAGUGGAAAAGUGGGAUAUCUGCUGAGGCUCUGGCCGAGGUACAAAAGGACGUGCUGGACAAUUACCCGACGGUAGGUCACAAGGUCACGGAGCUGGUCCCGUCUGCGGUCGACGCAGAUGUGUUCUGGACUCACUACAUCUACAAGGCAUCGCUGCUGGCUGCACAGGAGAUGCGCGGAGCAGAUUUGCUGGCACAAGCUUUGAAUGAGGAGGAGGAGGAGAUUGGCUGGGACGCCGACUCGCCGAAAGCCAAGGAUGACGAUGGUAAGCCAAUUUUCCUCGAUGACGAGUCGAAAGAAGAAGAGGAGACGGUGCCGCCUGGCAGUGGCACGAAUGGUCCGACGUCAUCCAGCGAUGGGGAAAGCUGGAUUGAGCUGAACGAGCGGAAGGAGUCGUCGUCGUCGGGUGCGUCAUCGCACCUCAAAGACCCGAACGGUGUGCUUGCUGACUUGAAGCCGGACGUGGGGGAAGAAGCAGCAGCUGCGGAGGACGCACUCGACUGGGGUGAUGACGAUGAUCUGGCCGUGACAGAGGAGACCACAGUCGACGCAUUGGGUGACAAGGUUCCCGAGGCGGUUCCUGCAACACACGAGGAUACCGGCAAGCGUGGAGAGGAUUGGGGCGAGUGGGACUAA